AAAUCUGAACCCAUUUUAUUGGGCUGAUAUUAUGUAUUUUAAUGCAGUGCUGUUUGAAAGUGUUCAUCUAAGCAUUAUGCAGUCUCUUGGUGAAAGUAAUGUUGUUGUUGUUGACAUGUACAGUAGAGAGCUGCUCGUUGGUCAGUGUCCAUGGUUUCCUCAUCAGGCCUUGACGUCUGGACUCAGGUCCCAAUGUUAAGACUGGAUUACCAUGCUGUCUGGAGACGGUCCCUCUGAGUUAUUUAUGUCCAUCCUCCUUUAUUAAAGGAAAAUAAACAGUCUAGCUGCUGGUGCUUGGUCAGUGAAUAUGCUGCAUGUUUUUCACAGCAUUUUGAAUAAUUGGACCCAAUCUUUCUACCAGCGGUGCUUUUGGGGCAUGGCAGGACUUCAGAUGUCCUCUCCUGGAUAGAGGUCUAAUGGAUUACCUGACAGCAACGACUGCCAGAAAACACCUCCUCUAUUCUUAAAGCGGAUCUUUAGAUGUGCUGCCAGGCAGGAUGGACUCUGUAGUAGUGAAUGGCUGCUGCCAUCUUCAACCAUCGCAUGAGGAUGCAACUGUAUGGGGCUGCCAUUCAUACCUGCUUUUCAGGGCAUUUUAGAGGACGUUUUCUAGAGAUGGUUUGGCACCGGCCAUAACACAGAUCACUGCAGCAGUCCUAGAGGAUUUGAUCUGAUUGAAUAUGUGGGGGAGAGUGGAAUAGAGGCGGGAGCAGGGAUUAUCAAAGGCUUAGGGCUUAUAGUGCCCUGCACUCAGUCAUUCUCCUCUGUGCUUCUCUUGCUGAUGCACUCAGAGAAAAUGAUAGAUGGCUAUUUCACUGUUGGCAGGCUGAUGGCCGUUACGCCAGUGGACAGCGUGUGUGUCAGUGAGAUGCUUUUCGGACUUGUUUUAAGUGGGUGACUGGAAUCUAAAGAUCUAAGGUGCCAUGAGGGAGCCGUGUCGCAUUUGCGGAGUUCGUGUGGUAGGAAGCCAGUGUCGCUGGAUCUUCAGCGGGGUAGCAAAUAGGAAGCUACAAGUCAUCUUGUCCCAUGUGCUGGGCUGGGAGGUGACGCGUGAUGGCCGUGGAGAGUUCCUCUGUGGAAAAUGCGUGUUCCAGUUGGAGAAGGUGGUACAGUGUGAUGUCAACAUCAGCCAGCUGCAGGAUGAACACAACAGUCAGAUCCAGAAGCUGCAAGCGGAGAAAGAUCACCUGAUCCAGUGCAUCGUCCAUGUCUACAGUAAAAACAAUCGAGGCCUGGUCGGGAGUCCCAGGGAGAGCACCGGUUGGAAGAAUCCACGCAAGUCCUCUGGGGUGAGCAGUCCUGAUGAUGAGGCUGUGUGUCAGCUGGCCUCUGAAGGACAGCAAUUCAGCGAGAGUGGAAGCGGUUAUGUGGUGAAUCGCAUGAAAAGGUGUGUGAGUCUGGAUCAAAUUUCGAGUAAAGUGUCAUUCUCAGGGCGCUCAGGCCUCAAGAGCAGCAGGCUGGGAUCAGCGGCAGGGCUCGAUGGCUCUCUGAAGAGCUUUGGUCUCCGAGGCACACGGCACAAUUCACAGAGCAUGUACCUGGAUCUUGUCCAGCGUAAGGGCAUGCUGCCUAAAUCUGGAUUUAAAGGUCGCUCCACUUCGCUUCAGUCCCUCAAUAGAGACUUUUCCUCAGACACUCCGCCAGACCCUCCAGCCAAACCUAAAAUCAGAGAGCCAAAGUUGUUUAUUUCAAGACGUGGUGCCGCUGAGGACCCAGGAGGAAAGGCUCAGGCCAAAGCUCUGCUCCGCAGCUCCUCAAAUCAACCCUCUGUGAUCUCUGACCUGAUCCAGCUCCUACGUUGCAUCUCCAAGCAGCAAAUCAUUGCUCCUGCAGGAAGCCACAUUCCUGUCCUGAAGAGAUUGAAUACUGGCCCUUACAACACCCGAGCGAGGCGCAGACACAGAGAGGCAGAAUGGAAGUCUCUUCAUGACCUGACAGAGGAAUUUGAUGAUGAGUACACUCCUGUCAGAGUGAAGGUAGCUCCUCUCAGUAACCCCAGCUGAGCAAAAUCCUUU